AUGUCUCAGUGUCAGGCAAAUCUAGAAUGCCUAGAGGAUGAAGACCUUCAGAUACACAGCGAGGCCAGAGGCCUAGAGACUGCACAGGUCUUCUGGGCUGAGAAAGACAAAUUAGCCUCCUCAUCCCAUCCUCUUGUUCCCAGUUCUCUGAAGGAGGCACCUAUGGCUGAGACGCCCAAUACUUCUGAGGGUCUUCAGCAUUUCUGUUUGUCUCUGAGCAAUUCUGCGGAGGCUGUUAGUAGCCAAGGAAAUGAGCAGAUCUCAAGUACCAGACAGGCUGCAGCAGCCCCUGGGAAUGUGCCCCGCAGUGCUGUGGAUGAGAAAGUGUCCUUCUUAGUGAGUUUCAUGCUGCUCAAGUAUCAGAUGAAAGAGCCAAUAAGGAAGGCAGAUAUGUUGAAGGUUAUCAUACAAGAGGAUGAAGCACAAGAGGAUGAAGCACACUUCGCCCAGAUCUUACUGCGAGCCUGUGAGCGCAUGGAGAUGAUCUUUGGCUUAGAUGUGAAGGAAGUGGAUCCCAUCAGCCACUGCUACGGUGUCUUCAUCAAGCUGGGCCUCACCUACGAUGGGAUGCGAAGUGGUGAAGAAGGCAUGCCCAAGACUGGGCUCCUGAUGCUUGUCCUGGGUGUGAUCUUCAUGAAGGGCAACCGUGCCCCUGAAGAGGAGAUGUGGAAAGCGUUGAAUCUGGCAGGGAUGUAUUCUGGGAAAAAUCACUUUCUGUUUGGGGAGCCGGGGAAGGUCAUCACCAAAGAAUUUGUGCAGGAAAAGUAUGUGGAAUACCGGCUGGUGGCCAACAGUGAUCUUCCACAGUAUGAAUUCCUCUGGGGCCCAAGAGCCUAUGCUGAAACCAGCAAGAUGAAAGUCCUGGCUUUUGUGGACAAGUUUCUGGGCGCCGACCCAUGUGAUUUCCCAUCUCAGUUUGCAAAGGCUCUGCUAGAGGAAGAAGAGAAAGCACUAGCUAGUAUUGCCCUGAGUGCUGCCUCCAGUUCAAGGGAAACUAUAAGUUACAGUGCCCUGAGCAGCAGUUUCUCCCAUACUUAG